AUUCAUUAGGCUAAAAUAUUUAUAGUUCAUUAUUUUGUAUUGUGUAUCUUUGAAAAAAAAAUGUUCCACCGGAUGACGGUCCUCUAGAGUUCGGCUCUCAAACUAAAUCUGUUUAAUCUAGGCCUAUAGGGUGCAUUCAGACAGUCUGCCUCAUGAAACACUCUUUACUCAUCCCGAUAGCCACCAAGGAUCAGACAGCUACCUGCCUAUGAGAUAUGUAUACUGUGUCAAUUCACUGUGAUGUGUCGUAAGCCAAAGAGUCAAUUCUGCAGUGAACGCUGGGAACCGACUCACAUUUUUGUGGAGAUGUCGGCGAGGCAUGCAAACUCUUGCAGUGUAAUUGAAUCGAAAUGUUUCCAUGGAAACCUCCUUUCAACAUCCGAGCUGUUGCUUAGUGUGAAUGAUGAGGUGAGUGUUUGACUCCCAGCUGUGUGUAUGAGACAGAAAUGACAGGGAGAACUGUAUGGACACUCCCGGGCAAAAGAAAAAAAAAUGGGCCAAACCCAAAAUGGCAACAUAUUAAAGUUCUAAUGGUCUUAACAACAAAUCACUGGUAAUAAAAUUAGCAAGAAUUAAACAAAUGCACUCCUGAGACCCCCUGUGCCACCAUUUGAUACCAUUUGCAAGUGUUUGAUAUAAAAUUAAAACUAACACACGUCUCUAUGUACAAAAUGUAAAUAACUUACAAAGUAAAAAGAAAUAAAACAAAUAAUACAAAGUAUUUAAAAAAAUUAAAAUAAAAAGUUGUCCGCAAGUUUACCCACAACGAUUAAACAUUUAAACAAAUCAAAGGGACAAGCUAUCCCAUACUAAGUUACGAUUGGUUCAAUUCUUACUAAUUUCCUGGAUAAUGAUUUGUUUAUAAGACCAUUAAAUUUCUUAUAUUUUGCCAUUUGGUCUUUUUUUUUUAACCAGGAGUGUAGGCCUCAAUAUUUAUUUCAUUCUGGAUACAUGGAAAUGGAUCUUCUUAAAAGCACAAACACAGGAGGCACAGUAAUAUUAAUGCGGAAAUGUUUACUGUAUAGGCUUGUAUACACUUGCUUAUUUAUGGAUUAUUUAAAUGGAGCCCAUAUAGUGCAUUUUCAUAAGAAGGUAAAGUAAUAUCCUGAGAAAUAAUACCAGUUAUAGUUAGGCAAAGAUGAAUAUCAUGGUGGCAAAAUAUGGCAAACGGUGUCUCGGUUUAGAAAAGAAAGGCAUCUGGGAGUCGAACGAGUCGGCUCUUAUCCUUGAGCUGAGUCAAAUGAUCUGACUCACUGAUUCUUUGGCUCAGCCGGAAUUCCCAUCAAUAACAUCUAAGAGCACAGCUCGUGCACAGUCAUAUCACUGAUGUGACCAAUCGUAUUCCUCGGAGGCGUGGCAAACGCGAAACGCCGCAUCGUAACCGGAGUGACGGAAAGAAGCAAAAAACGGUGCUGCAGCAAACCGGCUCACCAAGAAGAGUGAAUAAGGAUUUGCAUAACCCGAUGGAUGCGGAUUAGAGAGCUCCGGCGGUGAAUAUAGGGGGUAAAAAUGAGCAGCAUAUUGCAUGCAGCGUCUGAGGUGAAAUGGAAUAAGAGCGCAGCGGCCAGACGAGCCGUGAUCCUCGCAGCAGCUGCAUACGGCUUAAAAACCCUUUACCCUGUCAUCUACAAACGGCUCGGUAAACGCACAGAGCGCAAAAGCACCGCUAACGGACAACGAGAGCAGAAUGGACUGGUGCCGACGCAUAGAUCUGCAUUAGAAACCGUUUCCGGUCCUGAUGAGAAUCCCAGGACGCCCGGCGUGGACGCGCGGUUCUUUAGACAGAUCCUCGAUCUGAUCAGAAUCAUUUUUCCGAAGCUCGCGACCCGAGAACUAGCCUUGCUCUCCUUACACUCGGCGGCUCUGGUCUCGCGGACAUUCCUGUCCAUCUACGUGGCCGGCUUGGAUGGCAAGAUCGUCAAGAGCAUCGUGGAGAAGCGGCCGCGCAGCUUCAUCGCCAAGCUGAUGAAGUGGCUGCUCGUGGCCGUGCCUGCCACAUUCGUAAACAGCGCGAUCCGCUACCUAGAGGGAAAGCUCGCGCUGGCCUUGCGCACGCGCCUCGUGCAGCACGCCUACGCGACCUACUUCGCCGGCCAGACUUACUACCGUGUGGCGAACAUGGACGCGAGGCUGGCCAAUCCCGAUCACUCGCUCACGGAGGACGUAGCGAUGUUUGCUCAGUCUGUCGCGCGCCUCUACUCCAACCUCACCAAGCCAGUGCUAGACGUUAUCCUCACCUCAUACACGCUCAUCCAGACCGCGAGGUCGCGCGGCGCCGGGGCCACGGGGCCCACGCUGCUAGCCGGCCUGGUGGUGUUCAUCACCGCUAAAGUGCUGCGCUGGUGUUCCCCGACGUUCGGCCAACUGGUGGCUGAGGAGGCGCGCAGGAAGGGGCAUCUGCGCCACGCCCACUCGAGGAUUAUCGCACAUGCGGAGGAGAUUGCCUUCUACGGAGGACACAAGGUAGAGAUGCUGCAACUGCAGAAGUGCUACAAGGCUCUGGCUGAGCAGAUGAAUCUGAUCCUGUCCAAGCGCUUGUGGUACAUCAUGAUCGAGCAGUUCCUCAUGAAGUACGUUUGGAGUGCAUGUGGCCUUGUUAUGGUGGCAGUGCCCAUCAUCACUGCCACCGGCUUUGCUGACAACGAACUUGCAGAUGGCCAAACGCAGGUGUUAGUGAGCGAGAGGACAGAAGCCUUCACGACUGCACGUAAUCUUCUAGCAUCAGGGGCAGACGCCAUUGAGAGGAUCAUGUCCUCCUACAAAGAGGUCACUGAGCUGGCCGGAUACACAGCCCGCGUCCACAACAUGUUCCUGGUGUUUGAGGAGGUGCAGAGGGGAGUGUAUAAGCGUGCGUUGGUCUCCGUGACAGCAGCAGCUGGAGAGAACGGUGGCGGGAGGCCUGAACUGCACAUUGAUGGUCCAUUAGAGAUCAAAGGAAAAGUGAUUGAUGUGGACAAGGGUAUAGUGUGUGAGAAUGUUCCCAUCAUCACUCCAAAUGCAGAUGUGGUUGUUUCCAGCCUGAACUUUAAGGUCGAGGAGGGUAUGCACCUGCUGAUCACAGGACCUAACGGCUGUGGUAAAAGCUCUCUCUUCCGCAUCCUUAGCGGUCUCUGGCCUGUGUACAGUGGCAUGUUGUACAAACCUGCUCCACAGCACAUGUUCUACAUCCCACAGAGGCCUUACAUGUCUAUUGGGACACUACGAGAUCAAGUGACCUACCCCGACUCUGUGGAGGACAUGCAUGAGAAGGGCUAUAGAGACAAAGACCUGGAAGACAUUCUGGAUAUUGUCAACCUCAAACACAUCGUCACCCGAGAAGGAGGUUGGGAAGCAGAGGUGGACUGGAAAGAUGUGCUGUCAGGAGGAGAGAAGCAGCGGAUGGGCAUGGCUCGCAUGUUCUAUCACAAGCCCAAGUACGCCCUGCUGGAUGAAUGCACAAGUGCUGUCAGUAUUGAUGUGGAGGGUAAAAUAUUCCAGGCUGCAAAGGAUGCUGGGAUCUCCUUGCUGUCUAUUACUCAUAGGCCCUCUCUAUGGAAGUACCACACACACCUGCUGCAAUUUGAUGGCGAGGGAGGUUGGCGGUUCGAGCAGUUGGAUACAGCUACUCGGCUUUCUCUCACUGAGGAGAAGCAGCGUCUGGAGGCUCAGCUCGCCGGCAUUCCCAAGAUGCAGCAGAGACUGAAUGAACUGUGUAAGAUCCUGGGUGAGGACUCAGUGCUGAAGACAACUGAGUCCAGUGAGGGGGAAUGAGAGACAGAGAGCUCGGGUUACAGCACAUGCAAGCUGCACGCCUGACAACAGCAACUUUUCCCACCAAGUCCCGAUUGGUGAGCGCUUUGAGGCUGCAGCUCAACUUUAUCCAUUACAGUGUGAGUUAGGUUCUCGCCACUCACUAUCCUACAAUCCCAAUCGCAAUCCCUUGUACAUUUACUAACUACUCCACACUGAAAAUGAACAGGAGGGAAGUUGCAGUGUGCACGCAUCCUUACACCAUCCUCAAAACUAGCUGCAGUUCCUGCAGUGUUAAACAGUGAUUUUCAAAGUUUGUCUCUUUCUAAAAAAAAAAAAGAAGCCUUUUUAUGUCUUCUUUUCCCUUAUGCAGAUUUCAUCUGUAUAUUAGCUAUCUUUUAUCUCAGAGUCCAGAGAUAAUUUUAGUUAAGCUGUUUGUAAUUAUCAGAGUAUAAUUUGCUGCUUCAGAAAAUGGGAUUGAUUGUAACAUUUUAGUGACUUUUGUGUUUUUAUUGAUGUACAUGUGGCAAUGACAGCUAUCUCUGCUUCUUUUAGGAAAUAUCUGUACCUGCUAUGAUGCUGCUUAUUGUUUUGUUUCUUUCUAGUGACACUAGAAAGUAUGUGAUUUGGGCUUAUGUUAAUCAAAUACUUUACCGUUAACAGCUGAUUUCUCGCCCUAAAUUCCGAAGUCUAGUUUGAUAUUUGUUUAGUACCAGCUAAUUCAGUGACUAAUUGGUGCUAUAAUUUAUAAUCUGCUUGUGUCAGUGAUCGGUUCUAUUAGUAAGCGUCCUUUUUCAGUUUCAUUGUUAGACUUUAAGCUUUUAUGGGUUCUGGUUUGACAAAAGAGACUUAGUUUCUCAAAAUCAACAAAUAUUUAUUCAUUCAUCUUGAGUAAGCACUUUAUCCUAUCCUAUCAGGAACACUGGGCAUGAAGCGAGAAUAUACCAUCGGCUGCCAGUCCAUUACAAGGCACCAUGCACACACGCAUUCACAUCUAGAGGGAAAUUUAUCAUAGCCAAUCCACCUACCAGCAUGUUUUUAAGGGGUGGGAGGAAACUGGAGAACCCAGAGGAACUUGGUUAAGUCCUGAGUAAGCCUAGCUCAGGCUCAAACCAGGGACCCUUGACCUGUGAGGCAGCAACACUACUCGCUGCUCCACUGGGCCGCACAAGCCCCAAAUACUUAUCAUUAUAUGUAAUACAUACAUUAUCUGCAAGCCUGUUAUGAUAAUAUAAUUGUGUUCUGAACUCCAGCAUGGCAGGGAUGGAGAACUGUUUUGCCAAGUCCAUGGCCAGCACUGGCACGGACACUCUGAGAAAUAAAUAAAUACAAUUCACACAGAUAAAAAUAGUCCAGAAGCACUAUGGCAAUAACACAGAGAACCAAAUAGUUCUUUUACUUUAAUGUUUUCCUGACAACAAGCCUGAUCAAAUGAUUGCUUGCCAAAUUAUUGAUUUAGUCUAGAAUUAGCAGGACCUGCGAGAAGACAAAAAUGUGUCUUAUAGUCUGGACAACAUGAUAGACUUUAAUAGACUGCAGACUAGUUAUGGACAUUUUGUGACCUUAGUAUUAUAAUCUUCUGUCUCCCUUUCAUUCUUAAUACAUAUAGAAGCUUAUAAUAGUAAGGUCACAAUUUAAAUUUUUAUUAUUAUUAUUAUUAUUAUUAUUAUCAUCAUCAUCAUGAAUUGCUCAAACAUGUCUGUCCCUUGAUGGACUAAUAUACUGUGAAUUUUGUCUGUGUUGAUUUGAAGAUUACCAGUCUGUGACCUAUGAGCAAAUGCUUUUUAAUACAUUACUCUCAAGCCAAACAUUACGUGGUUGGACUUCGAUAGGCUUGAUCAUAUUCUGUAGUUUAGAAACAUUUUCUGCUUUGCACUGGAAACUCACAAUUUUAGAAAUGUCUAGGUGCUUAUUUCUUUACUGAGUAACUGUUUCGGUCAUAUGAAACAUGUUGGAUGCCAGAAACAUUAUUAGAUACGAUCUUCAUUUCUUUAUUUCUGGUUUCAGUAUCUGUAUCAGGGCCUGUUUCAAUCUCUUCAGUAAGACAUUAUAUUUACGUAACAUUUAUUUCAAAUAUGUAAUUCUGGAAUUGUAAAUAGGCAGGGUUUUAUAUGUUUGAAACUGACGUGAUAUCCUAUAUUUUGACUGGCUUAUAUUUUACCUACACAGGAGUAUCAGAAAUCAUUUUUCUGAUGUGAUGAAUUUACAAUUUACUACAAUGAUUGGUACCUGGAUACAGUCAGCAUGUUUUUGCAAAGACUUUUUCAAGCAAGUUCUUCAUUUUUUUACUCCCGCACAAAUGCAAAUACUUUACUGUAUAUCUGGAAUGUACAAGCAGUCAUUUUGCAUGUCAUAAUACUCCUAUAUUUUGUCUAACAUAGGACUAUGUAAGGUCUGAAAGUUGCCUGUUAAGUAUCUAAACAGAGCAGAAGUACCCAGUUGAGUAACCAGUAAAUAAGCAGUUAAGCAUUAACGUGUGUACAGAUUGUCUUAUUGAAGUAUUAUUAA